CCAUUGAGAUCUACAACUCAUUUCGUGUACAAGCAACCUGGGCUGAGAUGGGCGCUAUAUAUCCUGAGGGGGGGGGGGCUUUCGCUUUCGUGGUCCAUCCCAUAAAGGGCUUCGAGAAUAGCAAAUUGACAAAAAAAUAAACAAUACAUCGUUCUAAAAUGUUUAAUAAACAGAUUGAGACGUAAUCCUACCUGUUACAAAGUGAUCAGAACAUAUUUUGGAAUGUUGAGAUGGCUCCUCUUUCCUGUUGAUGCUUGCCAACCACAAGCGUCGUCUCUCCUCGCUGAUUUUCCUUGUCUGUUCUCCUUCGUUGUGUCUAAUUUUAGGAAUACUGAAAAAUCCUCGCUGCACUGAUCCAUCCCGUCGAUUUGUACAUCCAUUCACCCAACAGGAAAUAACCAUUAUGCGCCUUUCACCAGUGUUUGCUCGAAGCUAUUGUCAAUAAUCGUGAAGCGUGUCAACUAGGCCAGGUGUGUUUUGUUUGCCUCCCAAGAUGGCGGAUGACCCGGGAUAACCCGGAUGUGUGACGUCACGUAAACACCAUGUAUAGUUUCAUAACAGCACGUCUGCUGGUAGAAGAUGGAUGGAGACACUAAAGAGAAGGUGACGGACAUCUCUAAGACAACUCGUAAGGGGGAGUCUGAGAGGCGAACCUUUACAGAAAACAAAUUCAGAGGUCGAGAUUCUCGAGGCCGUGGUCGAAUGGGUUCUAUGAGCCGAGGUGGUGGACGGGGCACGAUGAAAGUCAUCGGUACACCUUUUCACUGGAGGGGUGCGAUGAACGGCUUUUCCCCCAUGAGAGGAAUGGGGAGAAUGCGACCCUACCCUGAACUCAGAGGUCAUCGAGGUAGGCAUGGACCAAUAGGCAUGCCUCCUCUGCCUCCCCCCAUGCACUUUAGAGGACCCUUCCCGCCCAUGCCCAGACACGGCCCUCCUCCACUGCCGCCUCCAGGCCACCUGGCUUUUAGAGGGCGUCUUCCACACCCCAGAGGCCGUGGCAUGCCUUUCCCCGGCCCCCCUCGUCACUUCCACCCCAGAGGUCCAAGAGGCUACCACAAUGGACCAGUGUAUCCUCCGCCUCAUCCUCCACAUGGCAGAGGCCAGAGGUGGCCGGGGCCCCCUGCUAGCCGCCACCUUUAAUACAGCCUGUUCUAGAAACAGCACAAAAGACCACUUCCUAUUCAAAAAAGGUGAAAACCUCAUUGCUUUACAAAGAAAAAAAUGUUUGAUAUAUAUAUAUUUUUUUUUUUACACAUGAGUGAGUAAUGCCUCACAUCUUAUUAAUGUAAUGUGAUGCACACGUUUUAACCUUCCUUCUGUUACCUAGAUAUAGUUUUUUUUGGUAACAACCUCACCAAGCUGUUUCCACUUGUUUAGUAUUCAUAUAUAAUGUUAUUGUGCAACUAUUUAACAAAUAUUACUGUUUGGAACAUGAAUGUUUGUCUUUAACACAGUGCUGAGUAGUGUUAAACAAAUAGUGAUUACAUUAUCUUUUUUUUCUGGAAUGAAAAGGUUUGUUCCACUGUAAUUAACGACACAACUUUUGUCAACUUAGUAGAAAAAAGAAAUAAAGUUAAAUAAAUAAAAAGAAAAAACUUCUCCCUUUUUUUGUUUAUUCACUAAUAAAUCUUGAGUUGUCAGCACAUUUUCAUAACCGAAUAUAUGUAAUUUUCAGUGUGUAGAUUACACUAGAGCUUUGCAUAAUAGUUUCAGAAUAUUGUGUAUGUGACAUGCAUUAUUGCGUUUAAUGAACUAAUAGUAAUAUAUUAGUAGCUAUUGUAAUGUUAUUUUAGGCUUACUGGGAAACAAAACCUUUUACAUGAAUAAAUUAGUGAUUUCUAAAAAAAGUACAGUCAAUACAUAUUCAUCUACACCAAAAUGUUUAGUUUUUUUUAAACUAAUCUUAUUGACACUCUUGCCUUAAUGUACAUGAAGUUUAUGCAUACCGGUAAUAUGCUUUAUUUUGCUGCAAACACUGCACAUAGGUGUGCUAAUUACAAAAUUAAAAAGUUUAUUUUGGAAAUGUAGGACAACCAGCUGCUGCAAUCUUUCCCUAUGCACCCUUUUCCAUCUUUGUACAUUUUCCAUGCUGCCCCUUUGGUCCUUCCUCCCUGCACUUGCUGCUAAUGACUGUUGUCUCCUGAAAGGGGGGUAGCACACAGUACAGUUAACCUCCCCCAGUCCUGGGAACACAGGCCUUUUUCCCCUACAGCUCUCCAACUGCAACGUGAGGCCUGAGGUGCAGCCUUCACAUGCAAGGGUGAGUCUCCCCUCGUACUGUAUUUCCUCCAGUAAUGGCCAAUCUUAAAUUAUAUGCAGGGCAGUAAACGUUACAACAAUGGCUAACACAUGCAGGGUAUGUGUUUUAAGCUAAACAGUUAACACUGGAAUUUCAAGAGAAAGUAAAUAAAAUAAUCAAUAACCCCACCUGGCCUUUCUUUGAGGAAAUACGGUAU